AUGCCUUUCCUCCAUUGUCUUUUACGCUUGCUCCCCACCAGGGAAACCUUUUAUUCACUGCUUUGGGGGCGGGUUGAGAAGAAGGGGAGAAUGCCGAAACUUGACGUGUACAAUCUGCGUCCGACCGGCUGGGAAUCGGACCCGGAGGACGAGUACCACCGUCUCUGCACGCUGGACUACUGCUCCGGAACAAUCUACUCCGCCUACGCCCUCUUCUUCAAACUCGACCCAGGGGCAGACCGGCAUAAGAUCGUCGAAGUCCUCAAGCGCGGGCUGGAAAUCACGCUGAGCCAGUGCCGCCGCCUCGGCGGGACACUAAAAGAACACCCCGACGGCGGAGGCGGCUUAUGCUUCCACAAGAGGCGGGAUGACACGGUCGAGUUUCACGUCCAAUGGCUCGAGGAUGCGAAAGGCGACGGCGACGGCGACGGCGCCACGGAUCAAGACGAGGGUGAAACAUACCCGUCCUACGCCGACUUUGAACGCCAGCACUUUGGCUCCCGCGCUUUUGGCAACGACAUGGGCCUAUGGUGCGUGGCCCCCAUGACCCCCGCCGAGAAGCCCGAGAACCGCCCGGAGAAUCAACCCAAGGGAGCAGCCUUCAAGGCGACCUUUCUCCGCGGGGGCGGGCUGGUGUUUGUGAUGAUGCACCACCACCUCGCCAACGACGUCAUGGGCUGGGCGGGCGAGCUCCACCAGCUCGCCGAGAACUGCGCCGCACUCUGGGCCGUGUCGGCAUCGGCUGCCGCUGCGCCGCCGAAGCUGCCUCCGUGGGACCCCGCGUGCCUGGACUUCUCGCGCGUCACGAUCCCGGACCCGCCCGAAGCAGAGCUCGUCGACGGGCCUCCUCGACCGUCCCGGCACCCGGACCAGAGACCUGCGGCGCGGCUUCUAUUUCAUAUUCCGCGCAGUAAGCUCCUCGAGCUGAAGCGGUUGGCUACACCGACCCCGGCGACGAAUGGAAACAGUAGUAUCAGCAGCAGCAGCAGCUACUGGAUCUCGAGCUACGACGCGCUCAACGCGUACCUGUGGCGGGUUCUGUUGAAGCACAAGGCCCGACUGCACGGCUCGGACCCCGAAGCAAAGGUGGAAUGGGUCGAGGCCGUGGACUUGAGGCGGCGGCUGCGCGAUGCCUCGUCGGGAAAGCCGAUGCCGGCUCGCACGCAGGGGAAUAUCAUGGCCGUGGCUGUCGCGUCUAGGUACAUCCGCCAACUUACAAACAGCAUCACCCCCGCCGCCGUCGACGCAAUGCUCGCCGGCAUCGCCCGCGUCCGCGACAAGCUGACCCUGUACGCCGGCUCCGACGUCUUCCCGCCCACGACCCUCCUCAUCACGGACUGGCGCGACGUGGACCCCUACGCAGCGGAUUUCGGGUUCGGCAGCCCGAGUGGGUUCCGGUGUCCCUGGGAUUCCGUCACCGGCGGGCUCGUGGUGAUUUACCCGCCGCGUCCUUGUGGCGUGAGCGUGGAUGACGAGGGCAACGAGAUCUCCUUGGCGAUUGAGAAGGAGCUUGUGUGGGAUUUGCUAGCGGAUCCGGAUUGGAAUCGGGUGUUUGAGUUUCGAGGGGUCGAGAUCGAGGACGAGGACGAGUGA